UCUUCUUAUAAACGGCUGGAUUUGUCCCUUUUUAUAAUACAUUUAUUGCUGUUCUUUAUAAAAAUAUUAAUUAACCAGUUUUUUAAAAUUAAUAAUUUAUGACUUCAUAAUAUUAUAUUCAUUUUUCUUUUGCAUUGGUUUCUUUUGUUUUGCUUUUGUUAUAAAUGUUAAUAUAUAUAUAAUUAUAUGUAGAUGCUAAUCCUUUUUCUCCAUUGCCUUUUGCGUGUAAUUCAUCUUUUAAAGAUGGUAUAAUAAAAUUAUGUCUUAAACUUUUUUUAGUAGGCUAUGGAGUUUUUGAUCCUUAAUGUAAAUAGGAAAUCAUGUUUAUUAUAGUGGCAUUUUUUUAUUUAUUAUUCUUACAUAUAACAGGUUUUUUUGGAAAUCCUUAAUUUAAUAGAAAUGUUUAAAAUUUAAAAACGAUUCUGAAUACAAUUAUUUUAUGGUUAUCUUUUAAUGUUUUGCUUUGCUCUUUCACAAAACAAAGAAAUGAAGACGCAAAUUCUAUUUACUUUGUUUUAAGCGGAUUUCCUAUAGUUUGUAUCUGUCAAUUUUUAUUAGGAAAAUAAAGAAAAAAUUAGAUUUUGUAAAAAAUACCUUAAAAUAUAAAAGACGAAAACGAAUUUCUAUAAUAUUUGUAUGCUAUUAUUGAACUUAUUAAAUAUGGAAAAGAAUCUAAAAUACAAGGUUUUUUAGUUUAAGGAAUUUUCGAAAUUCAUUUAGUAAAUUGUGAAAAAGAAUGUUUUUGCAAAGAAUAUUAAAAAGAAGGUAUGGAUAAAUUAAACUUUUUAAUAGAUUUCAGUACUUAAGAAAGUAUAAAAUAUUUUCCUAAUAAUGCAAAUUUUUAUCUUUUAAAAGCCUUUGUUUAAUAAUAAGUUUUUGCGAAUAAAUUUAAAGCAGUUUAUGAUUUGAUUAUUUGCGAAUAAUAAUAACCUUCAUUCUAAUAAAGCUUCUUUAUUUAUUCAUUCAAAAGUUUUAUUUAAGAUGAUCUUAUAAAAAAAGAAACUAUUAUUAACGAAGGUUACGGGAAUUUUUAAGCUGACAGCAUGGCUUUUUAUUAAAAUUAGUUGGAAUUGUUGAUUUUGUAAAUAAAAAAUACUGUUGAUUUAUAUAUUUAAUUUUGGAAAUAAAUAAUUCAAGAUAGUCCUGAUGUUUAAAAAGCUGUCUGCUUAGGUUAUUAAAUAGGAAAAAGCUUCGAACAUUGUUAAAAUAUUUACAAAGAGUUAUAAUAAAUAGAUUCUAAUAAUAUAAAAUGCAUUGAAGUUUAUGGAAACUUUUUGCUAAAUGUUAUUAAUGAUGAAGUUGAAGGACAAAAAUUAAUUGAAAAGUUAGAAGUUAUUUAAAAAAAUAAUUAACAAAAUAAAAAAUGCGUUGAAAAUCAAUUAUAAAAUCAAUAUUAAAAUUAAUGCAUUAUUUAAAUUUCUGGAAGUUUAAAUGAAAUUGGAAAAAUUACUAAUACUAAUGCUGAUGUAUUCGAAUUAACAGGAUAUCAAAAAGACUAAUUAAUUAAUUAAAGUAUUAAUAUAUUAAUGCCUCCUAUAUAUUAAUAAAAUCAUGAUUCUUUUGUCUUUAAAUACUUAAACUCAGCAUAAUCAUAAUAUGUAGGACAUUAAAGAUUAGUACUUUGUAAAAAUAAGAAUAAAUAUAUAUCUUCAGUUGAUAUUCUUGUAAAAGUAUUACCUAAUAUAGACUAAGGAAUAUAGUUUAUUGGAUUUUUAAAUAAUAAUGGAAGUAAAUAGCAAAGUGAUUAGUUAAUAAUUAGUUUUAUAGAAAAAAGCUUGUAAGUUUUAACAAUCUCAGAAGGCUUUUAUUAAGAAUUUGGUAUUAAUUCUUCAAUUAUAGAUUAUGAAAACUACGAACAAACAAGUUUCACUAUUGAUUAAAUAUUUCCUAAUAUAAAGAAACAUUUAGAAGAGCUUAAAAAAGAAAAUAAUUAAGUAUAAAUAAUGUUUGAUACUACUGCUAUUCAAGAACUAAUUCUUUUGUGUUAAAAAAAUGAGGAAGAGUUUAACGAUGAUAAUUUAUAUAAUAAUGAAGAAUUAGAAUAAAAUUAUUAAAAUUUAACUAAAUAAGGAAUCAUUUAUGGAUAAUUAUUAUUUCAAAAAAAUUUUUAUAAGGAUAUCAAUGUAAUAUCAUUAAAAUUUUCUUUAUUUUUGAAUGAAUAAAUAAAACUAAAAAGUAAAUAUAGUUCACAUAAUAUUGACAAUAAUUAAAAUGCAAUUUAAGAUAAAAAUGAAAAAAAAUAGAUAAAUAAUGCAGAAGAGGAAGAAGCUGUAUCUAAUUAUUCUUCUAAUAUGACUUAAUUUUAAAAUUUAAAUGAUUUUAGAAGAAAGAUUAUUGAUAAUAAAACACCUAAAAUUAUUAUUUUUUUCAAAAAUAUUGUCUUUCUAAUGUUUUUAAUAAUUAAUAUUUUCUCAUUUACUGAUUUAAUAAAAAAAACCGAUUAUAUUUAAUAAAAUAAAAAUUUAAUUUAAAUCCUUUAUUAUUAUUUUAACAGAAAUACAAUAAUUUCAGAAAUAAAUUAUUAUUCCUUGAAAAUAUAUAGUUUACAAAAUAAAUAUAUAGACUAUAUAAGUGAAUAAGAGAAAAUAAAUCUUUAUAAUUAAUAUAAAGAAAGGUUAAACUUUUUCAUUUAAACUUUAUAAGAUUAUUAAAAUUAAAUACUAAGCCAUAGGGUAUAAAGUAGUUUUCAAUAAUUUAAUGAAUUAUACUUGAUGUAUUAAAAGACUUUUAAUAAAAAAACAUUGACAGAAUUUAAAAGUUUUAGUGACGCAAUAAUAUUGUUUUUGUAAAGUGCAAAUUAACUUUUGAAUUCAAAAAUAGAAGAUUUUUAAGCAGACAAUUAAGGAUAAAUUAUUAAUACUCAAACCUUAAUAAAAUAUUAUUAUAUAUAGGAGAAUGGAGUUUUUAACUUAAGAAACGCAUCAGAAAAAAGGUCAAAUUUGUUUUAUGAUUACUAUUUAACUAAUUUAAAUGAUUAAUUAAAAGUAUAUUAAAUAAUUUUUAUUAUAAUUGUUACUUUUAUUAUUUUGGUCAUGAUUAUUUUAAUAUAUAUUAAUUUCUAAGUUGUUUCAAAUAACAGUAGAAUUAUUUCAUUAUUUGGACAUAUUACAUUUAAUGAAAUACAAUAAUUAAUAAUAAAAUGUGAAAGUUAUCUUAAAUAAAAUAAUAAUUAAGCAAGCGAGUAAAUAAUAGAACUUAUACAACCUGAUAUUAUUUUAUAAAAAGAAGGAGAUGAAUAAGAAGAUGCUUAAGAAAAUUCAAGAGCAGAUAAAUUUUUAAAUUAAAAAAGUAAUAAUAAAUUGUUAAUUAUUUUUAAAUUUUCUUCUUUUGCUAUUAUUUUCUUAAUUUUUUAUUUCUUAAAAUUUUAUUAUGAUUAUUUAAUAAUAAAUGACAUUAAGAAUAUGUACUUUCCUCAUUUAAAAAUUUCAUUAGAAAGACCCUCUUAAAUCAAAUUCCUUAUUUUAUUUAUUAAUGAAUAAUUAGUUUUAGGAAAAAAAAUUAUCGAUAAAGAUAAUACUAUUUUAUAAAAUUAAUAUAUUGAAAGAAUUUAUGAUAACGAAAAAUAAUUAUUUUCGUCUUUCAAAGCCUUAAGUAGUAUUUAUUUUCAAGAUUAUUAUUCUAAAUUUAAUGAGCUUAAUUCUUAAAAUAUCUGUGAGAAAUCUAAUAACUUAAGUAAUUAAACUGCUAUUUGUAGUUAAGUUUUCGACGGUAUUUUAACAAAAGGAUUAAGGACUUCAGUAGUAUUUUACACAGAAAAUUUCGAAAAUUCUUUUAAAAUUAAAUAAGAUUAGAUUAAAGUUUUAAAUUUUAAAGAAUUCUAAUAAUUAGAAUAAAUGAAAUUACUUUUAUAUCCUGCUAUGGAUGAAUUAAAUAAUUUAUAUCUAUAGUAAAUUCUAUUUAGCAUGGGUUAAAAUGAUACAAUCAAUUUAAUUAUAUAUAUUUCGUUUAUAUGUUCCGUCAUACUUAUUUAUUUUUUUAUAUUGAUUCCUUAUAUUAAGCAAGUAACAAUUUAAUUAUUCCAAACUAGGAAAAUGCUAAAUAUUAUACCACAUAAAUUAAUACUUAAUAAUGAAUAACUAUUUAAAAUUUUAUUAAAAAAGAAACCCUAGAUUAAAUAAAAUGAAAAAAAUAAUUUAAUAUUAAAUAUAAUAAAUAUUAAAAUAAAUUUAUAAUAUGUUUAUUAAUUUAUGUGUAUUUUAUAUAUAUAUUAAUUUAUCUUAUAUAAAUAAUUAUAAUAUAUGAUUAAUAUUUUUUUAUUAAUAAUUGACAAAAAUUACUUCGUAAACAGGCGAAAACGUAUACAUAAAAUAGAUAGAUUUUUAUAAAAAUUAAAAAAGUUUUAUUUUAUAAUUAAUUAUAUUUUAUUUUAGUUUAGUUUUAUAUUAUAAUAAUAAUAAAAAAUUAAAAAUAUUGAAAAAUAUAUUUUUUAAUAAUAUAAAAUAUUUAAAAAGAACUUUAUUCGCCCAAAAAAAUAUUCAUUUUUAAUUUUGUUUCUAUUUAAGAUAAUUAGAGAAAUUAGAGAAGUUGUUUUAGUUCUUUAUACGAUUAUCUGA